AUGAUCGAACAAACCCGUGCUUCAACAUAAACACAAAACAAAAGCAUGAAGAUGAAUAUCAAAGACGACCAACAUAAACCGGUGACGUUUCCUCGAAAAAGCAUCGUGAAGGCUACUGUUUUCAUCGUCGUUCUAUUCAUUUCAGCUGCUCUCUUAGACUUUCUUGGCUAUCUCGAUUUCAAUGCUUUUGCAGGUUUAAAGCUAAUAACAAAGACAAAAGAACCAAAUCCUUACGGAUGCGACUUCGUACAAAACCAAUCAAACCAAACUCCUUUCUCACAAAACCGUAACUCGAGAUUAAAUCCCAUCCGUUCAAAACCAUCCACGUGUCCUUCUUAUUUCCGUUGGAUCCAUGAAGAUCUACGGCCGUGGAAACAAACGGGGAUAACUAGAGGGAUGAUCGAAGAAGCGAGUAGAACGGCGCAUUUUAGAUUGGUGAUUCGUAACGGGAAGGCGUACGUUAAGAGAUAUAGGAAGUCAAUUCAAACAAGAGAUGAUUUUACUCUGUGGGGAAUCGUACAGUUGUUACGGUGGUACCCUGGGAAAUUACCUGAUCUCGAGCUUAUGUUCGACGCUGAUGACCGUCCCGUCGUCCGAUCAGCUGACUUUAUUGGUCAACAGAAGAAACCACCUCCAGUUUUCCGUUACUGUUCAGAUGACGCCAGCUUGGACAUUGUCUUCCCUGAUUGGUCCUUUUGGGGCUGGGCUGAAGUGAACAUAAAGCCAUGGGGAGAAUCGUUGGAGGCAAUAAAAGAAGGGAACAAUAUGACGCAAUGGAAGGAACGCGUGGCGUACGCUUAUUGGAGAGGUAAUCCUCAUGUUGAUCCUGGAAGAGGAGAUCUUCUCAAGUGUAAUGUUUCAGAAAAUGAAGAGUGGAAUACUCGUCUCUAUAUUCAGGAUUGGGAUAAAGAAUCAAAAGAAGGAUACAAGAACUCAAAUCUAGAGAACCAGUGCACCCAUAGAUACAAGAUAUAUAUAGAAGGAUGGGCAUGGUCGGUUAGUGAGAAAUACAUAAUGGCAUGCGACUCAAUGACAUUAUAUGUUAAACCAAGAUUCUACGAUUUCUACAUACGAGGAAUGAUGCCAUUACAACAUUAUUGGCCAAUCAGAGACGAUUCCAAGUGCACUUCUCUCAAAUUCGCCGUACAUUGGGGAAAUACCCACGUGGAAAAGGCUCGUGAGAUAGGAGAGCUAGGGAGUAGAUUUAUAAGAGAGGAAGUGAAUAUGAAGUAUGUGUAUGACUACAUGUUUCAUUUACUCAAAGAGUAUGCAACACUCUUGAAAUUUAAGCCAGAGAUUCCUUUGGAUGCUGAGGAGAUCACGCCAGAUAGUAUGGGAUGUUCCGCGGCGGAACGGUGGAGAGAUUUCAUGGCGGAGUCUAUGGUUCUAUCUCCAAGUGAAGAGUCUCCUUGUGAGAUGCUUCCUCCUUUUGACCCUCUAGCUUUAAAAGAGGUUCUUGAGAGAAAAGCUAAUUUAACACGCUACGGGAAAUUGAUGAAGUUGGAUGUGACAGUGCCGGAUAAUGACACGGAGGUUUGUUCAAAGACGAUGGCUUGUCCGAUUACUGAUGGUGGACGGAUCAGGCAGUGCAUGGAUGACUCGUUGGUUAUGUCUCCGAGCGUCAAGGCGGCUUGUGAUUUGCCACCUCCUUAUGGAGACUAUGAGCUGAAGAAGUUUCUUAAGAAACAAGAAAGUCGAAUCCAAAUGAUGACCACAUCAAUAUUGACAACGACAAACACAAUCAUCAAAAUCCCUUUAAACUGCAACGCAACACAAACAUGCCCUUCAAAUUAUCCAAGCAGAUUCGAACCAGCGAUCUCUUCCUCGGAAACUUGUCCUGACUACUUCAGAUGGAUCCAACAAGACCUAAAAGUAUGGGAAGAGACAGGGAUCACAAGGGAAACACUAGAGAGAGCAAAACCAAAGGCUCAUUUCAGGCUAGUGAUAAAGUCAGGGAAAUUGUAUGUUCAUCAGUACGACAAGGCUUAUGAGUCAAGAGAUGUGCUCACAAUCUGGGGGAUACUUCAGCUUCUAAGAAUGUAUCCUGGUCAAGUCCCUGAUCUUGAGCUUCUCUUCUUUUGUCAUGACACACCCGCUAUUUGGAAACGAGAAUUUAUGCAACCAGAACCAAAUGCCACGUGGCCUCCUCCACCGUUGUUUCAGUACUGUGGUCACCGUGAAGCCUACGGCAUCGUUUUCCCUGAUUGGAGCUUCUGGGGCUGGCCGGAGGUGAAUAUAAAGGAGUGGACAAAAUUAUCCGUGGCGAUAAGAGAAGCCAACAAAAGGGUUAAAUGGAACGAUAGAGUUCCAUAUGCUUACUGGAAAGGGAACUCUGGGGUUCAUCCGGUAAGAGGAAACCUUAUGAAAUGUAACUUCUCCGAUAAGUAUGACCCCAUGGUUCGUCUCUAUGAGCAGGAUUGGGGGAAGGAGAGGGAGAUAGGGUUCAAAAGUUCAAAUCUAGAAGACCAAUGCACCCAUAGGUACAAGAUUUACAUAGAAGGUCGAGCAUGGUCAGUGAGCAAAAAAUAUAUAUUAGCAUGUGACAGUAUGACUCUACUGAUCAAAGCAGAGUACUUCGAUUUCUUCGGAAGAAGUUUGGUUCCGUUAGAACAUUACUGGCCCAUUAAAUCUCACGAGAACUGUGGUGAUCUUAAGUUCGCCGUUGAAUGGGGUAAUAACAACACUAAGAAGGCGCAAGCUAUAGGGAAACAAGGAAGUGAGUACAUGAUGAAGAGCCUAGAGAUGAAGUAUGUGUAUGAUUACAUGUUGUAUGUAUUGCAAGGCUACGGGAAACUGAUGAAGUUGGAUGUGACUGUACCUGAAAAUGCAACCGAAGUGUGUUCGGAGGCGAUGGCUUGUCCGAUCACUGACGGUGGUCUGAUCAGGCAGUGCAUGGACGACUCGUUGGUAAUGUCUCCGAGCGUCAAGCCGGCUUGUAAUUUGCCGCAGCCUUAUAGAAAUGAUGAGCUCAAGAGGUUUCUUGAGAGACAAGAAAGUGCGGAGAGAAAGGUUGAGAAGUGGACCAAUGAGUAUUGGGAGGUCCAAGACAAGAUACUUCAACAAAGAAAGUAAGUACAAUUUACCCUGGAGUAAUACAAUUGGUAUACUAGGGAACUCUUAAAAUAGAGUUCUUAGCAUAGAUUUUUGUUAAAGUCAGGAUUUGAAAUGUCGGCGGUGAAAAUAAAUAGUUCAUAUGUUU